AUGAGUGCGUGUGCUUAUUCAGCAUACAUUGUUUCCGGCGCACGCGACUAUGCAAGAACGCAAUUUAAAGCCGCCAUGGGGUCUGCACAAGUCAUUUAUCAACCAGUAUACAAGACCAUGUUUUCGGAACUACGCAAGUAUCCGAGGAUGCAUGUUGUGUAUCACCCGAACUGUCGCAUGCCGGACCACAUGGACACCUCGUACGGCGCAUACCUGACCCGAGUGGGCAACGCGGCGUACACCCCCACACCAGACUUCGGGGGAAAAGACCGCUUCAAGUUCAGUGCUUGCCCCAGGAAGGUGCUGGACGUGAAGAAUACGAGCCCAGAGUUCCACCCACCCACGCCGCAGCCGCUGAACAUCCCAAGCAAGCCGAGGAAUAGAGGCACCCAGAGCGUUUACAGAGAGUCGUCAGCACAAACCAUUCCAUGGCAGCCAGACGGAGUUGCGGCAAAGACUUGUGAGAAUACUCCCGAAGUCCUGUACCUGGACAAACUUGAAUGGGGACCUGGCAAGCCGUAUCGCACUGGAGAUCUACCGGCUGACUUCCACACUACUGAAAUCAUUAACAAGAUGCGUCACGCCCGGGUGUGGUACGAGGUGGCAGAGCGCGGGGUGUUCCCUCGAUGGAUGAAGAAGCGAGACGCCAUCAUCACAGAUAUUGAGACCAAGGACUGGAUCUUCAGAGAAGCGGAAAUCGACGAACUCCAGGACAUCAGGCUGAGCCUGCUGCACAAGUUGCAAGCUGAGAAGAGGACUCAGCAGAACAACAAGAACAGCAGGAAGCUGGACGCGCUCUGGAGGAACAAGAAGAAGGCCAUGGAGAGGAAGAUCGACCACAUCCACCGGUCCAGAGACAGGGAGAUCCGCAAGCUGACAGCCCUGCACAAUAGGGGUGGCAAAGUGGGCCUGGCACAACAGAUGAGGGCUGCCAGGGCCAUGGGGUCCCCCACCAUCGCAGCCAGCGACCCCACAUCCGACAUGUACGCCCCUGUAGCAAGACAUGGCUAUCAGGCCAGAGGGCGCCAUGCUCAGAUAACUUACGAUCCUUCGUUGCUGUUGCUAGAAGACCACCAGGAGCUGGGUGAGAUGCCGGCGUGGUUGGAGGAGUGUGGGCAGAACCUGAGGCGCAGCUGCUCCGGACACCCGCUGCCGAGAGACCCGAUGAAGCUGUGUGAACGGGAGACCAAGUGGAGCGAGGACUUCUUGGAGAAACUGCAUGAGGAUUUGAAGAAAGCCCGAUUCGGUGCGGCAGCAAUGUCUGCAGGGCCGCUCCACGUGCUGAAGCCCCGCCGGCUGCAGGACACGCCGCGGCCCGCCACGCCCGAGGUGGAAGCCGUCACCGACUCGGAUGAAAACAACCACCAGGCGGCGCUGCUGCUGCAGAGGAUCGUCCGCGGACGCGCCGUCCAGUGUCUGAUGUACGAGGGCAGGACCCGUGCAGCGGAACUAACGGAAGAGUUGAAGACCACUCACGGCCUGCAGAAGGAAGACAAGAUAAGAAUCGCCAAGGAAGAGGCCAAGUCCAGGGAUUACAAUGCUAUGAGGACUGAGCGAGAGAAGAAGGAGGAUGCAGUGACCGCGCUGGUAGAUGAGCUGUGCGGUGGUGCGGUGUCUGCUGCGCUGGACUUUUUGGAGAAGGAGCUGAGACGUCUGAAGGAGGAACGGAGACAGCACGCCUUCAUCAUGAUCGCUCUGCGAGAGAAACAGAUGCGAGAGGCGGCGGAGGCAGGACGCAGGCAGAAGGAGGAGCACCGCCGACGUGAACACGACGAGAUGUUCAAACAGGUGCUCGGCGUAACUCAAGACACAGUAGAAACGUACCUCCACAACAUCAUAAUCGAGGGUGUGGCCCUGGGUGCUGAGGCGGAGGCGGUCAAGCGCGCCGAGAAGCAGGCUGACGACAUUGACGAGCAGAUGCAGGAGUAUGAAACCAUGUCCACGGCGGAGCAGCACGAGCUGGUUGCGGAGCUGGUCCAGCAGUUCCUGCUCCCGGCAGCUCACAAGGCCGCCGCCAAGCACCGCAUCGAGUCCAUCCAACAAGCCAAACUUGAAGCCGCCAGGAGAGCCAUCUUUGGACUACUGGACGAAGCGGAGAUCAGGGAACCGUACUGCACACGAUGUGGUGAACCCCUGGACGACCUCUGCCGCUGCCUCAAGUGCCCGAUACAGCAGCGACCACAGGAGACCACGUCCCGCGAGGAUCCGAGGUGGAAAGCUACAAGGACCCGCCCAAGACCACGCAGGAGGCCGCUUGGUGAGCGCUUCCCGCCGUCCCAUGAGUUCCGAUGCAUGCUCAACACGCUCGUUGACGAAGUCGUGGUGGAGUCUCGUCGCGGUGUGAGAGAGAGAGACAGCGUAAAGAGAGAGUACGACCACAUUCUGAAGGAGAACAUGGAGGUCGAACUGGAGGCCAGAACGAUUGUCCAGGAUGCCCUCGACCUGGCGACGGGUGCCAAGCAUCUCCCGGUGAAGGAGCGUCAGUACCACCACUUCUUCAAGAUGCACAGGGCCGAUGCCAUCAAACGAACCGAAGCUGUCCAUAAAGCCAAAUGUCCAAGAGAACUUCCGUCUCAGGUGAGACAACGCAUGCAAGAGAAGAUAGACAAGGAUGACGGCGCCUGUCGGUGCUUCGACGAACCUGAUGAGCGCAAGGAUUAUGGCCCUGAUCCCCGCGUGGCUGCCGAGAUUAAGGGUAUGCUGCCCUCUGAGGUUCGUGUGUUGGAGGAGCUCCGGCGCUGCAAGUGUGACGACGUCCCCAAAGAGAUACCAGAGGAUUUCGGUGAAUUCGAGGACAUGACGACGACAGAGUCCACUGGGUGGUCCAUGACUCAGUUCCAGGAUGAUGAAGGGGAUCCCCGGAGCGAGACAGAUGCAGCCAAGUCGGAGGUGAAACCACCCACCGUGGAAGAAGAAGACGAUCAUUAGAAUAUUAUGAGCCAUGUCAGGGGCCUUUGGCGGCUCAAUAGUGAUCCUGACAGCAGGGUUGAUGAGGUUGGUACUCCACCUCACGACCCACACGAUAAGAAGAUUAGAAUAUUCUACAGUAAGGGAAUGAAAAGGUUCAUCACCUUAAAGUCAAUUAGGGACCUAGGCGACAGAAAAUAGAAUAGUUUCCAACUAGUCAAAUCAAUUAUUUUUUACUGAACGUCAAAACACAAAUACUUUAAGGUCUCGGGAACCUACAAACAAUAAGAAAGAAUAUAAAUUCUUCCUAUUUUCUUCAGGUUUACUCUGGGUCUAUGACAGCGUCCUCAUACAAAUUCCAUAGUAAUUUCGUGUUUAGACGUUUAGUAAAAAGUAACUGAUUUGACUAGAUGGAAAUUAGCCUAUUUAAUUUCAUGAGUCAACUUGAAAACUAACGAACCUUUUCAGGCAGCGACUGGUAAUUAUUA